GCUCAAUCGUAUCCAGUCAUGAUGAGAUCUCACUCUCUCCUCGUCCUCCUCGUCCUCCUCGUCUCAUCCCUCGCCGCUACCGCCUCUACGGCCGGGGAAAAUGCCGGCGGCAGCGAUCCGACGCCCUCUCCGUGGCCGCUCCAGUUCCACGCGGUCCUCUUCAUGAACUACAGCGGCGCCCUGUCGCUGAUCGACCUCUGGUACGACUGGCCCCGUGGCCGCAACUUCAACAUCAUCCGCGACCAGCUCGAUGGCCCUCCAGUCUACGACCUCGAGUGGAACAACGGCACAUCCUUCGUCUACACCCUCGAUUCCCCCCUCUCCUGCCGCUCCGUUCAGCUCGAGGUCGGCAUCCUCCGCCCUAACUGGCUCGACGGUGCCACCUAUCUUGGCCAGAAGACCGUCGAUGGCUUCCUCUGCAACGUGUGGACCAAGGUCGACUUCAUCUGGUACUACGAGGACGUCGUCACCAAGCGCCCCGUCCAAUGGGUCUUCUAUACUGGAAGGACAGCUCAUGUGAUGGUAUAUGAGGAGGGUGCAGUUCUUGAGGAUGCAAAUUGGCAGGCGCCGGAAUAUUGCUUUCAGAAAGGGAAGAAAGAGCAACCAGAGUAUCGAUCUAUUGUAUCUGAGAUAGCGGACCUUAAGAGAGCUUCAAGGGUUCUCCGAGGGCUCUAAAUUCUCUACAAAGUUCAUCUGAAAUGAGUUCAUAUUCCAUCCUUUCUUUCCCUUGCAUUCCACUGUCAUGUGCCGAUUGCUGUUCCAAACUUGAAUGAGUUGGGUUUCAGUUGCUACUCGUUUCCAUCUUCCAUGUAGGAAGCCCUCUCGAGGCUUGAACAAUAAUGUUUCUGUUUCUCAGAGAAGAUUGUUUUCUCUUUCUCA